UAUCCGUUGGUGAUGGGUAAUUCCGUCAGUGACAUGUCCGCUGUCUUUAAUUCGGUUCGUGAAACAGUGCAGGAAAGCUUUACUUCGAAAGAGCUGGAGCCGUAGUCCUUAUCGAGACUGGGCAUUAUGAUUAUAUCGCUGUCAGAUACAUCAGUAGGUGGGUGUCAGUUCAGUCACAGUGGCUGCUGCCGUUCAUGCAAAACGAUGCUGUUCCCUUUGGAUUUACACCCAUGGUCUGCCUCUUACUGCCCUCUUUUCUAACUCAAGUGGAGCCCUUGAGUAAUAAUUUACACAGUUGAUAAGAUGUUACAAUUUCACGCACAAAUCUUGUUCAUAGGUCCUUCCAUUUUCAUCAGAGAAUUGGCUAACAAUACAAAAAAGGCACUGUUUUCCUUAGCCGAAUGUCUGGGCUGCAGUGUCAACCAUCAUUUCAGCAGGUAAGCGCACCUUUUGAGAGGAUGACAUUAUCGACACGGAGGUUGAGGAAGCUGUGUAAUGGCUUCCUAAAAAAAGAUGCGGCGCAGCGGCUUAAUAAUUCAUUGCUUUCCACAGGGAAAUCUAUCCUAUAAUAUUUGGUCUGCGCCAUUAAAUAAUUCAGCCAUCCAUCUAUAAAUUGUUUGUUCAGUCUGUGACCUUUUCAUGGGAUUAAGGAAGCACAAUAAAAAAUUCUUGGCAUAACGAAUGUUACAAUUAUGAGGCAGGAUUGGAUCACUUGUCGCAGCCUCGUGUCGGUUGCUAAGUGACAGCAGGAACUUUUCCGCCCACUGUGUUUGCUGUUAAAGCGACUGAGCGGACGAAAACAAUCGCACUAUGUCACCACGGUGUCUCGCCGAGGAUAAGCCCUGUUGGUGAAGUCCUGGACGGCGUGUCAAUAACUUGGUGUUCACUAGACAGGUCCAUAUGCUCCUCGGAUUGUUUCAUCCCCGUGUGUAGUAAUGAAACCGAUGGCAUUCGUGUGCGUGUGUGAAGUCCUUGACGGCUGAUGAGAAUGACGAAGAUAAAAGGUGGAUUUUGUCACGCAUUAGUUGUGAUUUUGAAAUCCUUUCCCACAUUGUCGUAGAUUAAUUUAAGUGUAACGGCAGCGUUUUAGGAUUUCUGAGUGUGUGGGAUUAGCGUUCUCGAUGAGCGUGCCAGAUACAAUGGGAAGGUGGCCCAACGAACAGCUCGGCUUCUCAGCAGCCAUCACCUCCCCAUCGACUUUCCACCUGGUCUUUAAGCACCUAGCUGGCCACAGACAUGUCGCCACCGUUCGCUCUCUUCCCCCCUCCCACUUUUCUUUCAGCCUCCUCCUUUCUUCGUCUUCUCUCUUUCAUACCUCCCAUCCCUCUCUCCUACUCUCUGUCCCAUGUCCCUGGCUGCCCUUUCUUUCCCUCUGUCCCCCGCCUCCAUCCUAUAGCAGAGUAUCUAAUGAAGAGCCCCAUUUAGCCGAUGACUUUGGUUCAGUCAGUGCUCUGUAGCGGCGGUCGGCCUCAGCUGCUCUGACUGGCUGUUGGAGCUCUGACAUCACACGGGGGCCAGCUGUUGAUUUGGCGCUGUCUCCAAGGCCGCCAGGCUUGAUGGGUUGUGGCAGGUAGACUUGUGCUCGCACCCUCCUUCCUCUCCUCCCUCCCACUCUCUUUCUUUCUCUCUCGCUCUCGCUCUCUCUGACACCCACUCCCCCUUGCCGUCUGCCUUUUCACUCCACUCUCGCUAUCUCCUACUCUCACUCUGAACGGCGAGUGUGCAGGAGGCUGCUGCCGAGGAGUGAGCUCGGAGGCAACUCCAGCCACCUCCAGCAAUCUGUGCCUCCUGUACAAUGGAAACUAAACAGAGUGACCAAAGGGAUGGAAGGCAGAGCUCCCAGGCAGAAGGUCAUGAGGAUGUCAGAGGCCCUGGUUGCUGGUCAGAGCAGCUGAAGCCAACAUGGACAGAGAAGUGUCGGAUGGCAUCACUAGGCUCAGAUUCAUCGACCUCACUGGCCACAUCCUACUUCAGCUCAACCAUCGCUGGCUACGCACCAAGAUCUCUGUGUUUCCCAGUAACGUUUUGCAAUGAGAAUGUCCGACUGUGUUGACACUGAAACCAUGAAAGUCUCUGAAGGUAGCAACACCUCGACCUCCCCUCAAGACAAACCCGUUGUGUGUCAUGAUGUGGACCAGAGCCAGAGCAGCAGAGAUGAAGACAGCUGCGACACCAAGAGGGACACUCAGCCUGCAAAGUCCUUCAAGCCCAAUGCCAGACUAAAGCUGGUGCGCAGCCUGGCAGUGUGUGAAGAGUCCUUUCCUUUCCCUAUUCCUGAGCCUUCCGCAGCACCACAGGAUGGAUUGACUCUCCAGUCCCCUGAAGAGGAAGUACAAGCCACACAAUAUUCCGAUGAGAAAGAGGAAUGCUCCAACAAGCUGGACAAGCCUGAGAAAACAGCCAGGAAAAUGCUCUCCAGAGAUUCCAGUCAGGACUACACAGAUUCAACUGGCAUCGACCUUCACGAGUUCUUGGUCAAUACAUUAAAGAGCAAUCCGAGGGAUCGAAUCAUGCUGCUCAAGCUGGAACAGGACAUCUUGGAUUUCAUCAGCAAUAACGAAAGCCAAAAGCGAAAGUUCCCUCCUAUGACGUCCUAUCACAGGAUGCUGCUGCACCGCGUAGCUGCCUACUUUGGAAUGGACCACAAUGUGGACCUCAGUGGGAAGUCAGUAGUGAUCAACAAAACCACCAACACGCGAAUACCUGACCAGAAAUUCUCAGAGCACAUCAAGGAUGACAGGACGGACGAUUUUCAGAAACGCUACAUUCUCAAACGAGAUAACUCCAGCUUUGAUCGGGAAGACAGCACGAUUCGAAUGCGUUUGAAAGCUGACAAGAGGAGCAAAUCGAUGGAGGAGAGGGAGGAGGAGUACCAGCGAGCCAGAGAAAGGAUAUUUGCACAUGAUAGCGAGCACUUCAUACUGGAACGGAGCAUGCAGCUUGAAGACACAUGCACGAGCACCCAGCAGAGGCGCCUAAUAUUCAGGUCGCGAUCAGGACGCUCCGGAGCGAGUUGGCAAAGUAGCUCCGAGACGGAAACGCUCACGAGGCACGGCGAUCCUCGUCCCUGGAGUAGCACCGACAGCUCGGACAGCUCCAAUCGGCUCGCCCCUCGACCCGCCAUGACCAAGGCCAGUAGUUUCAGUGGGAUCUCACCAGGACUGGUCAGAGGAGACAGCACAGCCAGCAGCAAGAGCACAGGGCGGCUUUCGAAAACAGGUUCAGAGUCCUGCAGUAGCGUUGGGUCUUCAUCCAGCUCACUGUCACGUCCCCAACUGCAGCUCCCAGCUCCAGCCUCCUCCCGGCCCACCAUUCCCAGCUCACCAUUAAUCUAUCCCAGAUCUGACUUGAGAAGCUCUGUGCAUCAAGAGACAAUCAAAAGUGUCGCUCCCCAGCCGACACCAGCUGUCGAAACUGCUAACUAUUAUCUCUUGUCUCUGGAUGCCUCGGGGAUACCACCUGGCAGUGUUCUGGUCAGCCCGCACACAGGAAAGCCUUACAUUCAUCCCAAUGGCACCACUAUAAUUUAUAAUCCUGCCAACGUGCGAAACCAACAUCCUGGGAAAAGUGCCCCUCUGUCAGCCCCUUCCUCCAACCAGCAACAGCACCCGACUCACCUCCUCCCCCAGCCUUCUUCUGACACCGCCUACAACUCAGCGGUCUCUUAUCCUCUUCCUCCUUCUCAGUACCUGCCCGUCUGUCCUAACCAACAGUUCACUGUGCCUGACACCUUGAGCAGCCAGUUUAGUCACAUGACACUGGCCCAGCCGCCUCCCAGUGACAGUGGCGCGGCAGCUCCGGAUGCUCGGCACUACCCCACCCUCUACCACCACCCAUCUCCCAUGGUGCUGCAGGGGACACCUCCACAGCAGGUCGCCGGUUACAUGAUGGCAGGCCCACCACCAGGAGCACACCAGGGGACGCUGCAGGGCCAGCCUGUCCCCCUGCCAAGCCCAGGUGGCAGCCAUGCGUAUCCAAGCAACACCCAGACCCCUACUGCGUAUCCUGGGUCCUCCCUGAACCAGCCUCUGCUCCAACAACACGCUUAUAUUCAACAGCCAGUUCAGCAUUUGUCGACCUGUUACUGCUCUCCCGCUCAGCAUCCUCACUGUGCCAACCAGCAGCCACAGCAACAGCAGCAGCAACCCUUCAGGCCCCCUGUCAAUACACUGGCCUAUAACUGCCAUCAGAGCCAAAACCUGCCACAGCAACAAGUGCACCAGGCGAUGAUGCAGAGCCCAGCGUCCGGCUACCAGACCAUCGUGGGCAUGCAGCCAACCCCUAACCUCACUCUCACUGGCAACCAGCAAAGCAAUAUGGGCAACCAGAUGCAGGGCAUGAUGGUCCAGUACUCUCCAAUGCAAUCUUAUCAGCAGGUGUCAGUGCCACAGCAGACGUACCAGCAGCCUGUGUUUAUGUCCUGCCAGCCGGGACAGGGGCCAGUUGCUGUGGCUGGUGUGCAGCCCUGCUACAGCCUCCUCCCCUCGAAUCAGCACACCACCAUGAGUUCUACUGUGAGUUUCCUGCCUGCCCAAGUGAUGGAUCAGCUUCAGUUCCCUCAGAACUCAUCCCCCUGCGUCUCCCAGCAGCACCCAGGUCACCAGUAUGCAGGGUUGUUGCCCCCGGCACCCAGCAGCGGCAUGGUGAUGCUGCAGAUGACGGCGCCCCCCUGCCAGCAGCCCCGAGCCCCUUCCCCCUGCCAGAGGAAACAGCCAAACAACAAAAACAUGGUCCCCGAGCACCAGCGCGGCCGCCGGCCUGUUGAGUUCGGCCCACCUGCCGACAACAUACAGAGCAGCCUGCCCUCAUCCCCGGCGCUCACACCUUCGCCAGGCCAGCCAAUCACUGUCAAGGGCCUCCAGUCAGGCCUCUCGUCCAUCCCUGUCCUGGGCCACCACCCACAGCUUCCUACAGCUUUCUGCCACAGUGGACAAGGUGAAGCACACUUCUCUUUAUUAGGCCAACCACUGCAGUACAAACCCUCCAUCCGACCACCGCUCAUGCAGCCUCCUCACAUUGUGACCAAACACCAGGGUCCACUGGGUGUUUGGCGUCACGGAAGGAAGACUGGCCGAAGAGCUCCUGAUCUCAGUGUAGGUGAAGCAGCGAACGGCCCACUGUUGGAAGUGAUGGCUCCUCCAGAGGGGAUCAGCUGUCCAGACUCCCACCACCUCCUGCCAGACUUCAGAGGCAGAUUGAUCCAGGGGGUGCAGGACCCUCAGCCCUGGAUGCACAACACAACCAGAGACGAUCCCAGCGGAGGCUUGAUCUUUGCCAUGAUACCCUCCAGACACAUGACCCAAAACCUCCACCACAGCAGCCCCCAAACCUCCACAAAAACCAGAACUAGCUCCAGACAGAAGGGGGGGGCCCCUUAGCUUGGACAAGUCUAAGUCGCUAUAUUCCGGAUCGGAGCGCACGUCCAGCCAAUGUCCCGAACCAAACGUUGCAAGAGUGAAUGCUCACAGGUUUGUUUGCUUUGUCUUGACCAAGGUGAAGACUGAGAUGUUCUAAAUAUUUUUUUUAUGUCUCAAACAAUCCCUCAGCUGCUCGACUGAAGCCCUUAGUCCAUUUUCAAAGUUGCUGGUACAAUGUGAAAGUGUUCUGGGGUUCACCAUCAUCAGCCGACUGAACGUUUCACUGUGGCUCUUUUUAGUUUCCAAAACGACUGAGUGUGCACUGUCAACCCUGUUUCCUUGACGAAACCUUAUGUAUAAAGUUGAGCUGACAUACCGAGUGAUUGGAAAUUGAACCUUUAUAACAAGAUCAUUUCAUCUCUCAUCGAUCAAUACUUGAUUAAGCUGUGUCUUACGUGACUCCAAGCAGGGCAGCAACACAACCCUCACAGCGUCUGUACAACAUGAGCCGUCACUAUGGUAAACACUGAAUAAUCCCUGUACGACCUUCACUUUUCUACAUGGUGAAUGUUGCAUUUGCACUGAAGUGAUGACAAAGAUUUCAUUUUAUUUUUGUUGAGCCCCAACCCAAAUCAUCUUUGUUUGCACUCUGCCAGGCCACUUUUUCUUUUUAUAUUUAAUUCCAAUGUUAAUAUGCACAAGAGAAAUGCAAUCUAGUUUAUCACAUUUGUUUUGGAGGUGGGGUUUUGCGUUGCGUGAAUUCUCAGAGGUGAUUUAUGUUUGUGUGGCCUUCACUCAUUUCUUUUUUUUUUUUUUAUUUUGAUGAUAAUAAAUGUUUGCACCAAAUAUGAGUAUACCUCUUCAUUACAGUGGUAAAUAUUUUCUCAAGCAAGUUCACACACUUAUUGUGGUGUUCUAG